UCUCUUAUAUAUGAUGGUUUCUACCAUCCUUUUCAUCGGAAUUGACCCCGUUCUCCUCUUGCUCCUGACUCCUGAGAAAAUAUUUGAGGAACGGAGCUCCCAAAAUCCUCCCCACCUCCUUCAGAGGGUUAAAGGUUCAUCCAACGUUUAGAAUUCUGAUCAUUAAUUUGGCGAAAUAGCAGGGAAAGGGGGUGGAGGUCGAUUUCUGGAGGGUUUGCUAGAGUUCCAUCCCAACCAUUCGCUCCCCUUUUCCUCAUUUCUUCUUAGCGCAGCGUUUUGGUUCUUUUGGUCCUUUAUAAUCCGAAGAAAGCUUUGCCGCUUCACUAAGAUGCUGUGCAUGAGAAUUGUAGCCCCAGCAACAGGCAAGAACCAAGUCGGUGCAUGGGUUGUUUUCGAGUAAGUGUAGCAUAAUUAACUCUAGUUGAUGCGGAAUCUGUGAACAUUUUCGUUUCUCCGUGUGAUGGAGGCUGCCAAUUGAGUUGGUUCUUUUGGAAAAUUGCGUGCUUCAGUGUCCCGUAAGCUUAAAACUAGCUAAUGUCUGUUGUUUAUUAUUUCAUUAUCUAGCCGAUGACAAGUCAAAAGAUGGGAGUUUAGCCUUUUCGUAUUAUCAGGUUUUCUGCUGAUUGGUUAGGUUUGUAUAAAGAAUUGUUAAGAGAGGUCCAGAAUUGUGUCGCCAAUGAGCAGGAGAGUACGGCGAAAACCUGUUAUAGUUGAGGAGAAAGAAAAGAUUGUAGUCCAGGGUUCUUGUGUCAAUGGGGUUUGUGAGGAAACUCCUCGCUCGGAUACCAAUUCAAUGAAUGUUGACUGGACGGGCUUACCGGAUGAUACAGUUAUUCAGGUGUUGUCUUGCUUGAAUUACAGGGACAGAGCAAGCCUUUCUUCUACCUGUAAGACAUUUAGGGUGCUCGGAUCUUCCCCAUGUUUGUGGACUUCAUUGGAUUUGCGUGCACAUAAAUGUGAUGUUGAAACUGCAGCUUCACUUGCCAGUCGGUGCAGCAAUCUGCAGAGGCUGAGGUUUCGUGGGUCAGAGGCAGCCAAUGCAGUGAUAUGUCUCCAGGCAAGAGGUCUACGAGAGAUAAGUUGUGAUUUUUGUAGGGACAUUAGUGAUGCAACUCUGUCGGUAAUGGCUGCCCGACAUGAAGCUCUUGAGGCUCUUCAGAUUGGUCCUGACUUCUGUGAUAAGAUCACCAGUGAUGCAAUUCAAAAAGUUGCUAUGUGCUGUCCUAACUUGAAGAGGUUGCGUUUAUCUGGAGUAAGGGAUAUUGAUGGAGAAGCAAUUCGCUCUUUGGUGAGAAACUGUAAGCAGCUUGUUGAGAUUGGGUUUAUGGAUUGCUUGAGGGUGGAUGGGUCAGCUCUUGGAGAUGCUGCCUCAGUUAGGUUUCUCUCUCUUUCGGGGUUAAGGCACAUAAAUUGGAGUUUAGCUUCUCAACUUUGGAGCAAGUUGCCAAACUUAGUUGGUUUGGAUGUUUCUCGAACGGAUAUUUCCCUUAGUGCUGUAUCUAGAUUGCUAUCUUCUCAGAGUCUGAAAGUUGUUUGUGCUCUUAAUUGCUCAGUUCUUGAAGAAGCUGCUAGUGGUGCAGCAUAUGACACUAAGUCUAAGGUUCUUCUUACCCUAUCUACGUACAUUUUGAAAGGCCUGUCUUCACUAGUGAGUGGUCUGGUCCAGCCACAUAGAGUCCCUCGAACUGAUAAGAAAAGCUUAUGGAAUCAGAGAAACCAAGUAGCUGGUGCUGGUAAUGUAAAAGAUGUGAUGGACUGGAUGGAGUGGGUUCUCUCACAUUCUCUUCUUCGGAUUGCAGAGAAUAAUCCUUCUGGCCUUGAUGGUUUCUGGGUAGGCGAAGGUGCUUUAUUGCUGUUGAGCUUAAUCGAGAGUUUGCAAGAAGAUGUACAGGAGAGAGCUGCAACUGGGCUGGCAACCUUUGUGGUCAUUGAUGACGAAAAUGCAACUGUGGAUCCUAGAAGAGCAGAAGCAGUGAUGUCAGGAGGUGGGAUUCGACUUCUUCUCAACCUUGCUAGAUCUUGUCGAGAGGGGGUCCAGUCAGAAGCAGCAAAAGCCAUAGCAAACCUGUCCGUGAAUGCGGAAGUUGCCAAAGCUGUCGCUAUGGAAGGCGGAAUCAGUAUCCUUGCUUCCCUUGCUAGGUCUCCAAACAGACUGGUUGCUGAAGAGGCGGCUGGAGGACUUUGGAAUCUUUCUGUUGGAGAGGAGCACAAGGCAGCGAUUGCUGAAGCAGGCGGUGUAAAAGCACUGGUAGAUCUCAUAUUCAAAUGGCCUUCUGGUGGCGAUGGAGUCCUUGAGCGUGCUGCUGGUGCACUUGCAAAUUUGGCAGCUGAUGACAAGUGUAGCAUGGAAGUUGCUCUGGCUGGUGGCGUCCAUGCUCUGGUGAUGCUUGCACGAUCUUGCAAAUCUGAAGGGGUGCAAGAACAGGCUGCUCGUGCUUUGGCUAAUCUGGCUGCACAUGGGGACAGUAAUGGAAAUAAUGCUGCUGUUGGACAAGAAGCAGGUGCUCUAGAAGCAUUAGUGCAGCUCACUUGUUCUCGUCAUGAAGGUGUAAGACAAGAGGCUGCUGGUGCUCUAUGGAACUUGUCAUUUGAUGAUAGAAAUCGAGAAGCAAUUGCUGCUGCUGGUGGUGUUGAGGCUUUGGUUGCUCUGGCACAGACUUGCUCAAAUGGCUCCCAAGGCCUUCAGGAAAGAGCUGCUGGUGCUUUAUGGGGACUCUCAGUGUCUGAAGCUAAUAGCAUUGCUAUUGGGCGAGAAGGUGGCGUUGCACCACUUAUUGCAUUAGCACGUUCUGAUGCUGAAGAUGUCCAUGAGACUGCUGCAGGUGCCCUUUGGAAUCUUGCUUUCAAUCCUGGAAAUGCUCUUAGGAUAGUAGAGGAAGGGGGUGUACCAGCUCUUGUACAUCUGUGCUCCUCAGUUUCAAAAAUGGCCCGCUUUAUGUCUGCACUUGCCCUAGCUUACAUGUUUGAUGGAAGAAUGGAUGAAAUUGGUUUAACGGGUUCAUCAACAGAAGGUGUUUCAAAGGCGGGAAGCUUAGAUGGCGCUAGAAGAAUGGCGUUAAAGAACAUUGAAGCUUUUAUUCAGACUUUUUUUGAUCAACAUUUAUUUGCAGCUGCAGCUGCAUCCUCAGCUCCUGCAUCUUUAACUCAAGUUGUGGAGGCAGUACGUAUACAAGAAGCAGGACAUCUUAGAUGCAGUGGGGCAGAGAUAGGAAGAUUCAUUAGCAUGUUGAGGAACACAUCAUCUAUUCUGAGAUCGUGUGCAGCUUUUGCCCUUUUGCAGUUCACAAUACCUGGAAGUCGGCAUGCUGUACACCAUGCAAGUCUCUUGCACAAGGCUGGUGCUGCUCGUGUACUGCGUGCUGCAGCAGCAUCAGCAACAGCACCAAUUGAGGCUAAGGUCUUUGCAAGAAUUGUUCUACGCAACCUUGAACACCAUCCAUUUGAAGCUUGUAGCUUGACAUGAUUUGUAACAUGAGGAUGGUUUAAAUUUGUUGUCCUCCUCAUCAGAUGGAAAACGAUGGGAGAAAGGUGGAUAAUAAGUUGCAUAAGAUAGAGAAAUGCAUGGAAGAAGAAUGUCAUUGACAAAAUUUGGGACUGAGUGUAGACUACUUCAUCCUCUCAUGUAUAUGUUCUUUUUUUGGUUAUUAGGAUGGAGUAGGGCGUUCUAGGUUGGUUCCAGGAUAACAGAUGAGGUAAUUUGCUACUUUUUCCUUUUUUGUCUUCCCAAGUUGUGUAAGCUGUAAUGUUGUAUUGUCACAUACAUGCCUGACAUGUACUCAUAUGGUUAUUCGUUUCUUUCACUUUAUGUAUACAAGAUGGUGCAGCAUGGGGCACAAGAUGAUCUCAGUUUUUAAUUCUUGA